AUGGGACUUCCUAUUGCUCCACACAUCUCAGACAAGUAUGCUGAUCUCCUGAGGGUUGGUGAGCUGUGGAUCAACGGUGAACCAACGAGAUGGCGGACUAAAGGAUACGGCAAAGAGGCAUGGUUCGAUAAUUUCGAGUUGGCCUUCCGAGCGCGACUGCGGCAACUGGAGCGUUCGGGCCUGGUGCCUCCCUGUGACCUUGCCAGUGAGAUCACUUUAGUGUACUGGGUUUGUAAGUUGACUUCGAUAAAUUAUUGCCUAUGGGAGAUUUGCUCCUACAUACAGCAGUCGCUGGAGAAAUCACGUAUGGUCAUUUUGGAGACUUUCGAUUCGUCAAAUCCUACCUUAUCGAUUCUAGAGUAUUCUCUCACUCUUGUUGGUGCUGCUACUGGCACUAUAUGCAUGCGAUGGACGAAGGACAAUAAUAUUAUGUAUGUCAAUCGACACGGUCAGCGCAGGUGUAAAGGCACGAUGAAAACGAUUGAAACUCAAGUACCUUUGAGAUUGCUCAGCGACCCAGAAGUUGAGAAUUUCCGCCCCAUAUACGACGUUGACAUGGAGCUCAUAGUGCCUCGAAGCAUUGGUGACAGAAUAGUCGGCCGGCUCAGUUGUUUUAAUAGAGGCCUAGACAGAUUUACGGAUUCAUCGUCGCUGGUCUCGGCAGUGGAACCGUUGAUGCCACGUGGAAGCUCGAAUCUAAGGCAGAUUAGCUAUCCUCCUGCUGCUCCGCUGUUCGCAGAGGGGGAGGAGACCUCCGCUGGUCGACGACGAUCGUCUCGACAUGGCCAUGCAUACACUGCGGAGGCUCAACAGCUCUCAACCACCAAUGACAAUGAAAUUGACGCCGAAAUCCGAUCAAGGAGAAGAGCCAGUGCGCAACAUCGCCUUGACGAGCUGAGCCAGUACCGGAGGUAUAUAAGAACGUCAUCUGGUUACCUAGUAGAGGAGGCAUUGCCGUUCAACUCUCGGGAGUCGUCUAGGUCUCCAGUGAAUAGUGGGAGGCGGAGCGCUGGUAGUGAUGAUAGUUUUCUUGGACCACAGACACCCAGAGACAGAUAUGCUCGUACGGGUUCGCAACAGUCGAUACCGGGCGAGUUCGAUGACCCGGGCGGCGGUAGGGGUGACACAUUCCGUAACCAUUCUCGGAAUCGAGAAUCUGUGUCCAAGCAUAAGAUAAAAACCCCGGAUACGGGCUCGACGGUUACGAGUAAGAAGUCCGUGGCAUUUGCUCCAGACGAGCGCAACGCUGAAGAACAACGGGUGGAGGCCCAACGACGCCUUGCCCAACUUCAGCAAUAUCGACGGUACAUCGGGAAUCAGCCCGCGGAGUCGAGCAAUCCCGAGAUGUUCGAUGAGCCGCCGUCACGUAUACCACCUUCCUGGUGACCUUGUUAACUGUUUUAUACGAUUCCAUAUUUUUCACGUUAUACCUUUUUUCUUGUCUCUUGAGGCUCGUCACCUGGUGACUACAGUAAGUAGUUUGCCUAAAAUCUAUGAUUCAUUCUCUGGGUGGAGCGGUAGUGACGUCGCGUUGU